GAUCACAUGGAGAGAUGGAAUGAUGCAAGACAGUAUUKUGAAAACAGGGAAGAUUGGUUGGAUGGGGGUCUAUCCAUCGCUUCCGGAAUAAUGGAUGUAUGCUCCAUAAUUUUGGCCAGAGCUAGAAACGUGAGGGAGGCAGAAUGUAGACGAAGGGUCGAAGAAGCGGAGGAAAAGAUGGAGGGGCACCCCAUCUCGGCCAUGGUAUGGGCAGCUGAAAGGGAACGGCGGGUGGCAGAAUGGGACGAGAUCCAACAGGAUAAACACAAGAGGUGGUCUGACCUACUAAGGGAAAAGGGUAUAGAAACUCAUGAUCAGGUGACGAAGGAGACCUUCCACAAGCUGCAGCCGCGAAGGACGCAACAGCAGAUGGUGGAGUUGCGGCACCCCUUUGACAGCUCAGCACCGACCGCUUGUUCAACAGCUGGAAUGCUUCAUUACGCCAAGCUCUAUUACGAAGAUGUGCUUACAACUAGACGGCCUCAGGAUCCGAUCACAGACCUCACCGAACAGUCAGACAUGUGGCAAGACACAACAGUGAGCCUAUCUACUACAGCCAGAUUGGAUUUGGACAGACCACUGACAGUAGAGGAAGUCACACAAACACUCAAGAGCAUGGCUAAAGGCAAGUCUCCGGGAAUCGACGGACUCACGGUGGAGUUCUACAUCAGCAAUUGGGAAGCAGUGAGGGAUGGACUAGUCGAAGUCUACAACAAAGUGUUGGAGGGUGGAAAACUCGGCAAGGGAAUGACCCAUGGAGUUAUUGCAGUUCUCUUCAAGAAGGGAGAUGAUAAGGCAGAUGUCAAGAACUGGCGCCCUAUUUCCCUCUUGAAUAAGGACCAUGCGCUCAAGCCCCCAAUUGCACCCUUGAUGGAUCGCUCGAACUACAUUUUACACCUGGAGAAGCAGCUGAACCAUGCAGCAGGUGUCUGCAAUUUGCUUACCAACUUCGAUGGACGGCUCAAUGAGGUGACAUCAUCUGUUUCAGCCUUGGAUGACAAGAUGGCGUGCAUCAUGCGGCUAGUGAAGUGUGCCCAAAACUUUGCUGAGAAGCACAGGGAUGAAAAUGCAAGAGCCCUCAAGAUUCUUUCAAAGCGUAUAAAGAGCCUAGAAAGUGGCAUUCAGGUGGAGCCGCCAGAGAUCAAAGCCAUGGACAAGCUCAUGGUCUUCGAGCAAGGCACGCUGCCGAACACAGGUUUUCCCAUUAAAAGGCAAGGGCAGACAGGGAAACUGAGCACCGCCGAGAGUGACGAGACGACACUCUCGACGCCUUCGGAAUUGGUUUCUUCGCGAGUAACCAGCCUUCAUUCCGAGGCGCACGCGGAAGUCGACAGUCCUACUCUUCUACUUUCUUUUGAGGACUAUGCUGCCCGGCUCAUUCCAACGCUGGGUACUCAAGCUCAAGGACAAGGAGUGUGUGCGGUUUCUUCUCCAUCCGGCAACAGCGACAGAUCGUCUUCAAGUGGUUCGUCACGGGAUUCGGCGCGCGAGUUCGAUGUAGAGGCAUUGGACCCGCUCACGUCUGAGGACUUUGCAUGGCUUCCUCUCCCGACCACAGUCUGUUUGCCGGGACCGCAAUGCGCAACACUCAGCGCUAAUCUUCACACUUACCUAUCCUUCUAUGCACCACCAACUUCGCCGACGGAUGACGAAGUCGCGGUGGGGGACAUCCUGGCGUAUACUACCAAGGUGGCCCGCGAGUUUCGCACGCAGCGGUACGAUAACAACAACGCACCGCUCAUGUAUGUCCGCAUUCAGGUUGGGCAAGCGUCCUGCAGCGCUUUGCUGGACAGCGCCGCGUCUCGCAACUUCAUGAGCCAGUCUUUUAUGCAAAGGGCUGGCCUUGGCACACAAGUUCGGAGGAAGGCAAACCCGACGACGAUCAAGUUGGCGGAUGGAAAAACGCAACAACUUCUCGACCGUUACAUCGAGGCCGUACCGGUCUACUUCGCACCUCAUGCAUGCGAACCGGUGACAUUCGAUAUUCUCGACACGGACUUCAACAUCAUUCUGGGAAUGCCUUGGCUCGCAAGUGCGAAUCACACGGUCAACUUCCAUCGGCGGACUCUUAGCGUUCGCAACGCCUUUGGCGCGGAAGUGGCGUGUACUAUUCCUCUACCGUACUCUUCAAUCCGGUGUCAAGUAGUGACAACCAAAUCAUUCCGGGCGACUUGCGCUUACAAGCAGCCCGAGGAGAUCGGCCUAUGCUUCCUACGGACCGUCGUGGUAGCCGACUCUUCACCCACGGACUUGUCUUCGGACCCCCGUGUGGUACGGUUGCUGGACGAGUUCGCCGACAUCUUCGAGUCCCCUACCGGUGUGGUGCCGGGUCGGCCGAUUUCUCACGAGAUCAUUCUUGAGGCCGGUGCCGUGCCGCCGAAAGGUUGCAUCUAUCGGAUGAGCGAGGAGGAGCUUGAGGUCCUCCGCGCACAACUCGAUGAUUUGUUGACCAAGGGCUGGAUCCGCCCGAGUAGCUCCCCAUAUGGAGCACCAGUUCUCUUCGUCAGGAAAAAGAACAAGGAUCUACGAUUAUGUAUCGACUACCGCAAGCUCAACGCGCAAACCGUCAAGAAUGUGGGGCCUCUUCCUCGCAUCGACGAUCUUCUCGAGCGGCUGGGCGGCGCGAAGUAUUUUUCCAGGUUGGAUUUAAAAAUCGUGAUAUCAUCAAAUCUCGAUCUAGCCGAACGAUCGCUACAAAAUCGCGUUCAAGACGCGGUAGCGAUGACCAAUGAGUUCCGUGCAAUGUUGGACCGGUUCAUGCUGGUCUACUUAGACGAUAUUCUCGUCUAUAGCCGGUCAUUGGAGGAUAAUCUGUGGCAUCUUCGACAAGUGUUGGAGACGCUCCGCCGCACCAAGUACAAGGCCAACCGCGACAAGUGUGAAUUUGUCCGGCAAGAGCUGGAAUACUUGGGCCAUUUUGUCACACCGGAGGGCAUCAGUCCGCUAUCGGACAAGAUUCAGGCCGUCCAAGAGUGGCCGGAGCCUCGGAACGUCACGGAUGUCCGCUCGUUCCUCGGCCUUACCGGCUACUAUCAGCGCUUCAUCAAAGGCUACUCCAAGAUCGCGACCCACUUGAACAAGCUUCAGUGCGAGGAUCGACCGUUUGACUUCGGAAAGGAGGCACGAGGAUCAUUCUUCGUUCUCAAAGCCGCGCUAUUGUCCGCGGAGGUCUUGCGGAUAUACGACCCGCUCGCGCCUACACGUGUCACUACGGAUGCGUCGGGCUAUGGCAUUGGUGCAGUCCUCGAGCAACAUGAUGGAGUGGAUUGGCACCCGGUCGAAUACUUCAGCAAGAAAGUGCCUCUUGUGCAUUCCAUUGACGAUGCACACAAGAAGGAGCUCCUCGCCUUCGUCCACGCGCUCAAGCGGUGGCGACACUUCCUCCUUGGUCGAAGCCAGUUUCGAUGGGUAACGGACAACAAUCCGUUGAUCUUCUACAAGACCCAAGACACCGUCAACAACACCAUCGCUCGAUGGAUGGCUUUCAUCGACCAGUUCGACUUCUUUCCCGAUCACAUUCCCGGGAAGUCGAACCGUUUUGCGGAUGCUCUCUCACGGCGUCCGGAUCAUUGUACCGCAGUCUACUCGACCUUCGAGAUUGACGACGACCUGCGGAACAGCUUCAUCCGCGGCUACCAAGCCGACCCCGAGUUUCGCGACAAGUACGCGAAUUGCUCCUCUCCUAAUCCGGCUCGUUCUCACUACCGGAUCCAAGAGGGGUACUUGCUGGUCCACACGCGGGGGAAGGACCUUCUUUGCGUACCGAGUGAUCCUCACUUGCGUACACGGCUUCUUGGCGAGUUCCAUGACGCUCUCGCCACUGGACAUUUUGGAGUCAAUCGCACGAUUGGCCGACUUCGCCAGCGAUUUUGGUGGCCCGGCCUUCUCGGCGACGUCACGCGCUAUCACGAGUCAUGCGAGGUUUGUCGACGCUGCAAAUCCCGCAACCAUCGUCCGUACGGCGAGUUACGACCAUUGCCAGUCCCGUUGCGGCGAAGGGAAGCGAUUGCCAUGGACAUUACCGGCCCGUUCCCCAAGCGCAAGACCGGAGUGGAUGGGAUUCUCACGGUGGUCGACCGACUCACCAAGUUCGCCAUGUUUUUGCCUUUUCGCUAUCAUGUCAAGGCAUCGGAAUUGGCCGAGGUUCUUUACGCCGGUUGGAUUCGCACCAAGGGUUACCCCAAGGAGAUCGUCUGCGACCGCGACACUAAGUUCAUGUCCGAUUUUUGGUUGGCGCUCAUCAAGCGAUGGGGCUCAUCUCUCAAGCCCAGUUCAGCUCGCCACCCUCAGACCGAUGGCUAGACGGAGAGGGUGCAUCAGACCGCACAGGCUCUUCUUCGCACUCUCAUCCACCCCGACCAGAAAGACUGGGUUGAGCGACUGUCGGACGUCGAGUUGGCCUACAACUCU